ACGUGAGUGAGUGAUCUUUCUCUCCUUCCAUCCUUUCGUAGAGCAUCAUUUUGAUUGACUUGUCAAUCAAACACCACUUGCCUUUGCUUACUCUCUUUUCCAUCAGCUUCACAACUUUGACGAACCAACUACAUCACACCAACAAGCAAAAUGGCCAUCACCUUGACUCUCCCUGACGAGUACGGCUACGUCCUCUUAGCCACCGUCUCCACCUUCUUCGCCAACAGCUUUCACUCCAUCAACACUGGCAUGCAGCGCAAGGCCGCGGGCGUCAAGUAUCCCGCCGCCUACGCCCCCCAGGAGGUAGCCGAGAAGGAUCCCAAGGCUUUUGCCUUUAACUGCGCCCAACGCGCCCACGCCAACUUCACCGAAAACCUUACCCCCGCCAUUGGCUCCAUGCUCAUUGCGGGACUUAAGUACCCCGUGCUCGCCGGCGUCCUGGGCGGCCUGUGGAGCUUGACCAGGGUAUUAUACACCAUUGGCUACACCAAGAAAGGACCGCAGGGCCGCACCAAGUUCGGCAUCGCCAGCUCGUUGAGCUUGUUGGCGCUCAAGUUGAUGGCGGCGUAUACGGCUGUGCAACUUGCUUUCCAUUAAUCGGAGCUAGAGGGUUAGGGGUGUGCGAGGUGGUAAGAAAGGAAAACUGAGUGGCUUGAAGUAGAUAAAAUGGCAAAAUAGAUAAAAGUGAAAUCAUCAAAUGGCCAGGAAAUUGCAACAGUAGUCAGCUAUGUUGUGAACCAUAAUCAACCACUCAAUUCACCAUUAUAAGUGUCUGUGCGUCUCAUUUGAAGGGUGUAAUCUC